AUGGCUGUAAGUACAGCUGAAUGGGAGAAACAUACAUGUGAUGCAUGUAAAGAUGUUGAUGCUGUCAAAAAUUAUGAGAAAUUUGAAUUAAUUGGAACGGGUGGUUUUGCAAAAGUCUAUCGAGGUAUUCGACUAUGUGAUCAUUUUGAUGUUGCUAUUAAAGUUAUGAAUAUACAAGAAUUACAAUUAAAAAAUGCUCUAUCACGUGUUAGUGAAGAAGUUCGAAUACACUGGCAGUUACGUAAUCCAGCUAUCGUUGAAUUGCUUGAAGUAUUUGAAGAUAAAAUAAAUAUUUAUCUUGUACUCGAAUUAUGUGCAACAGAUAUGCAAAAAUAUUUAAAUACUCGUAAACAAUUUACUGAAGAUGAAACACGACAUUAUAUAAAACAAAUAGUAGCUGGUAUUGAAUAUUUACAUUCACAUCAGAUUCUUCAUCGUGAUUUAAAAUUACAUAAUCUUUUAUUAACAAAAGAUAAUAAUGUCAAAAUAGCCGAUUUUGGUUUAGCAAAACAAUUAAUUACACAUGGACAAACAAAUUCUACUAUGGUUGGUACACCAAAUUUUCUCGCACCUGAAAUAGCAACACGUCAAACACAUAGUUUCGAAGCUGAUAUAUGGUCACUCGGUGCACUUAUAUAUCAAUGUUUAGUUGGAAAACCACCAUUUGAUGAUCAAGAUGUUCUUUCAACAUUACGACGAGUUGCAAAUGUUCGAUAUGUUUUACCUGAAGGUUUAAGUAUGGAAACAAAAGAUUUAAUAAAUCGAAUCUUACAAAAAGAUGUUAAAAAACGUUUGACAUUAAUACAAAUUCGUCAUCAUCCAUUUCUAUUAAAACGUCAAAUGAAUGAUCGAAUAAAUUCAUCAAGAAAUAGUUCUACUUCAUUAAGAAGUGGUGAUAGCGGAUAUUUUGAUACUUCACCAUUAUCAUCAAGUCGACAACAAACGAAUGAAUCAACAAUAUCAAGAGGACCAACUACAUUGAAUUCUUUGCCACCAUUAAUGAUAAAUAAAAGUCAGAUUAGAAAUGCUUCAUCAACAUCGGUAUUGAGUUGUAAUAAUUUAAGUCAUACAAAUAGUAUUAGUCAACAUAAAUUUAUUAAUGAAAAGUUAAUUCCAUUGAAUACACAACGUCUCGAUCGUCGACAUGUUAUAACAAAAAGUGAUAUUAUGGAUAUAUUAGAUGAUGGUGAAGUUGUUAUUCAACAUCUUGUUGAAGUUAAAAGUGGUUCGAAACGAAUAGUCGAUGUAUUUCGAGUAUCAUCCGAUGGACAAAAGAUUAUAUAUUAUCGACCUGAUCGAAGACAGUAUAAUUCAUAUAUUGAAAGUGAAGGUCCACUUUCACUACCAGUUAGCUAUGAACAAUAUACAUUUGAUACACUACCUGAACAGUUUUACAAUAAAUAUCGUCGAGCAUGGAAAUUUGUAAAUAUAAUUCGUUCACUUCGAUGUAAAAUAAUUAUGUAUACAAAUGAUGGGAAAUGUCGUUUAAUGGAAACAUCAAUUGAAUUCGAUUUUACUCAUAUAAAUGGAACAAAAAUAUCUAUUUAUCGAAAAAAUCUAGAACAUUUAGAUUCUCCAUUAGAAAUAAAACUUGUUGAUUUAUCUGGUCGAAUGACAUCCAUAUUUAGUUAUAAUGAUUCUAUUGAACAACUUAAUGUACCACUUGAUACAAAACAAAUGCUACAAAAAACAAUUAAAUAUCGAGAAUGUUGUUUAAUGAAAAAUCAUAUACUUGAAGAACAUCAAUCACAAUUUCCUGAAGGAAAAACUUUUCCAGCUAUUUUUGGUGAUAAACCUCGUUCAUCUUCUCAUAACAUAUCAAAAUAA